CACCAGACCGCUUCCAUUUCACUUUCCCUUCACGCAUCUUCACGAAAUGUGGAAUCACCAAGAUUAAACAAAUUCAGCUCCCUUGUGUCACGAUGGUAAUGAAUUGGCCCGAUCGAUUUGCGUGGGGAGCUUUCGGUAGGCAACACUUGCGAGUCCAUUAGGAUCUACAACUGCGUAUUAUGUUCAAGGCAAUGGGGCACCGCUUACAGGAGCUAAUGAUCCUUUUCUUCUUAGCAAUCUUCUCCAAGGCGGCCGAGGGCCUCAAGCCUUGCAGGGCAAUCGUUGCACCGGAUGCAGCUAAUAAUAAUUAUUGCCUCAGCUGGAGGUUGGCAGUGGAGGCCAAUAAUGUGCGAGGAUGGUGGACUGUCCCUGCUCGAUGCUUGCACUAUGUUGAAGCUUACAUGGUGGGUGGGCAAUAUGAUAGGGACAUUGACUUAAUUACAGAGCAGAUUUUGAGCUAUGUGAGUGGGAUUGUUCUCUCCGGCGAUGGUAUGGAUGCCUGGAUUCUUGACGUUGAUGACACUUGCCUCUCCAAUAUCUUUUAUUACAAGGGAAAGAGAUAUGGGUGUGAUCCAUACGAUCCGGCUGCUUUCAAGGCAUGGGUAUUGAAGGAAAGGUGCACAGCUAUUCCUGCUGUGUUUAGACUGUUCCAGGUCCUGGUUGAGAGUGGUUUUAAGGUAUUCAUCGUCACUGGCAGAGACCAAACUCUUGGCCAAGCCACUAUCCAUAAUUUGCAUAAUCAAGGAUUCAUUGGCUAUGAACGAUUAUUUUUGAGAACGGCAUCGUACAAAGGGCAAAGUGCAGUUGCAUACAAAUCAGAUAUUAGAAAGCAACUAGUAGGAGAAGGGUAUAGGAUAUGGGGGAAUGUGGGCGACCAGUGGAGUGACCUACAAGGAGAAUUUUCGGGCAACAGGACCUUUAAGCUCCCCAAUCCCAUGUACUUCGUCCCCUGAUGAAUUAACUCAGUGGAAUACUUGUUAUUUUGAUCUCUAAAAUGAUCAAAAUAUACUUUUUUUUUUUAAUUUUCUCUGCUUUUCCGGUCAGAAAACAUGUAAUACCAUAAUAAUGGAAGUCAACUUAGCAUAUUACUUAUA